AUGGGUGUGUUUAUCGCCGAGCGGGCGACAGGCUACUUCAAGCCUCGCCAAGAUGCUAAUGGCCGGUGGCAAGCGGGUGGCCGUCCAUCUUGGAAGGCUAUCAAGGCCGUCAAGAAGAGAGCUUGCACCGGCCAAGAGGAGUGGCGCCAAUGGUUGCAGGUUGCAGGAGGAUGGCUACUCAGCCGACCUGCCUGA